AGCCUCUGCAGAGAGAGAGCGCGAGAGAUGGAAAUGGACAAACGGAUUCAUUUAGAGCUGCGGAACAGGACGCCCUCUGAUGUGAAAGAGCUCGUCCUGGACAACUGCCGGUCAAUCGAAGGCAAAAUCGAGGGCCUCACAGAUGAAUUUGAAGAACUGGAGUUCUUAAGUACAAUCAACGUAGGCCUCACCUCAGUCGCAAACUUACCAAAGUUAAACAAACUUAAGAAGCUUGAACUAAGCGAUAACAGAAUCUCAGGGGGCCUGGAAGUAUUGGCAGAAAAGUGUCCGAACCUCACGCAUCUAAAUUUAAGUGGCAACAAAAUUAAAGACCUCAGCACAAUAGAGCCACUGAAAAAGUUAGAAAACCUCAAGAGCUUAGACCUUUUCAAUUGUGAGGUGACCAACCUGAACGACUACCGAGAAAACGUGUUCAAGCUCCUCCCACAGCUCACGUAUCUCGACGGCUACGACCGGGAUGACAAGGAGGCCCCUGACUCAGACGCCGAGGGCUAUGUGGAGGGGCUGGACGACGAUGAGGAGGACGAGGAUGAGGAAGAGUAUGAUGAAGAUGCUCAGGUAGUGGAAGACGAGGAGGAUGAAGAGGAGGAGGAGGAAGGAGAAGAGGAGGACGUGAGUGGAGAAGAAGAGGAGGAUGAAGAGGGUUAUAACGAUGGGGAAGUAGACGACGAGGAAGACGAAGAAGAUGUUGGUGGUAUGGCAGCCUUUUUACUCUCAGCUAACCUGGCCCCCUCGGUCGGCAGCGGACUGCACAGGCCCUGGGGACCUGCCCGAGGGUAGAACACACCCAUCCGAGGCCCCCCGUGCCUCCCUGGCUUGCAGAUCUGCCCCCUCAGAUCUGCCAGGGAUGGCCCAGCUUCCCAGACGUAUGGUCCCCUGGUUUCCCAGCAGGUGGGUCGAGUGAGAGGCAGGCUCAGUGUUUUAACCUAAA